AUGAUGGAAUUGUUGCUUCUACUUUCAUGCUGUAUACUUCAAUCGAAAGCUUUUGUGCACCUUGAUCUCUUGACCAAGCAACCGAUUUCACAAGCGUCACCCACAUCCUCUAUAUCUGCCGGAAAGGGAUUUGGAAAAUCUGACGAUGAACGCAAUGACAAAGAACCAUUGAAAAAGUCCUAUGGCAAGAGUGCAUUGAGUCCCAACAAGAACGUGAUUGAUGAGGAAGGAGCAAUGGAAUUCUUUUUCGAGUCCAACGAGGAAUGGAAGCCAUUGUUUAGUACAAUUAUGGCAGAUACACCCGAUGUUGCUGCCAGCGAUUAUGUUAAAAAGAGUGAAGCUUCAGAUGCCUUUGAAUUCAACGAGAACACAAGUCCCUGGAAGCGCUUGGAGGGCAUCCCAACAGAUGAAAGUGAUCGGGAGGUUCUGGCUGGCUUUUUGGACAGCAUGCAACAAUCACUGAUUGAGAUUCCAGUCGAUGAACGAACAAAAGACGACGAAAACGAUCUUCAUUUCUUGGAAGAAGGAAGACGAAUGCUAGUUUGUUCUCGAUUCCAUGUAGUGACUGGAGUUGGGAAGGGUGCCAUUGAAAAACAUGACAGUCUAUUUUCAACUUGUUGGAAUGAAAUAACGCAGCUUGUCCAAGAAGACGAGAGUGAUACAGGAUCAUUGAUUGUUGUGCCAGAGUGUGAAAUGAACGAUCUAUCACUAUUUGCAGAUAUGAACGUGCAGCGUCCGUUGCAGUGGUUAGGAAUCGAUCACAAGUUUGAAGUUGUCAGUGUGCAUCAUGGUAGGCCAGCAAUCCGGCUGAUUCACAAGCUAUCUGAUAUGGCAGUGGACAACCCAAAUAACAAGGCAGAAACAAUGUAA